GUUCAUUUAUCUUCACUAUAUUCGUUUGAUUCAUCAUUUUGUCUUUUCUCUUAACUCAUUUUGGAAAGAAUAUGCCAGCACCCGCCAUGUCGCAACUCGAAACAAUUUCCGCCAUUCUCGGCGAAUACAUGCUCAAAGGCUGGACGCUUACAGAUCUUCAUUGCUCGGAGUGCAAGACAACUCCUCUCAUGCGUGAACCAAGUGCAAUUGCCGAAAGAGACAAUCGGGAGAGAAUUCAGUUUUGUGCGCUUUGCGAUGGACGUCCACAAGGCCGAGUCGCCGCCCGACCUGCCCCUCCUGUAUCGCAAUCUUCCGCAGGAUCUACACCCUCAUCCGCCACAAUAUCGCAGACGAUCUCGCCUCCAGAAUCUCAGGCCCAAUCCAAAGUAUCUGCAUCCGAACCCGACCCUGCGGAAUCAAUAUCCAAUCUUUUGCUGAAGGGAUAUUCUCUCUUAGGUGAAAACUGCCCCAACCCUUCAUGUCGAGGCAUCCCUUUAGUGGGGUAUCCACGAAAGGCAGAUGGUUCUAAAGAUGGAAGGAAGAUGUGCGUGAGCUGCGGAGGGAGAUGGGUCGAUGAGAGCAGUGUUCCAACGGACUGGGUUCGCAGUGCUCCUAUUACUUCCACUACUCAAACCGCCCCUUCAAGUAGAUCGGUUCAGGACGGAGAGAGCCCUAGGAGCAGGAAGAGGAGAGAGCUUUACGGCAUUACUACUUCAGGUACAAACCAAUCGGUGUGCAAGGGGAAAGGAAAGGAAGUUGGCGUGGGAGAGUUUGAAAGAAAGGCGAAAGAAUCGGAAAGCAAAUUGGUGAACCAGGCUGUUUCCGAGAACAUUGCGCCCGAAGCGUCUGAUGAGAUUGAACAGACUGCAGCAGGAGCCAGAAAGACCUUCUCUACUAGGCCAACUCCUGGAAUUCUCCCAGCCCCAAUCAGUCGCCCUACACCACCAAGCCCCGACUCUGCCCUCUUCGCCACUCUCUCUACUACCUCUGACUCUCUAUCCGAGACUCUCACUCGUCUUUCAAGAUCCCUGGAUACUACCGCAAGCUCCCUUGGCAAGCGUUCGUCGUCGUCUCAAGAUGAGGGAAAAUGUUUCGUGGAUAUCAAGUUGCACACAGAAGCAAUGAAGGAUGUCUUGGGGGUGCUUGCCCAGGUGGAGAGGGCAAAGAGACAGGGUUACUGAGCUUUACAAUGGAAUAACUGGUAUGUAUCAUAGUAAUAUACAUAUUACUUGUUACGUUCUGCAUAUACAUUUGUGAGAUUGCAUGCUUUGAAUGCUCUAUGAAAGGGCGAAAGAAGAGACGUAUUCGGGCGUGAAAACGGGAAGGAUAUGGGCCUAAGAGAAUAGGAUCAGCUCAUUUGCUUGGUCUACUGUA